AUGGUUUCUCUCAUGCAACUCGUAUGCAUCAGUGGUUUGGUGCUUGUUUCUUUCGUUGUCCAUAGCAAACAACAACCAGUAUCGGCUGCAUCGUCGGACGAAGAGUUCCACUUAGAAAAACGUCUUAUCGAUGGGCAUUCCCGCACAUCGAUUCCACUCUUUCGUGGAUCAAACUUAGGUAUCUUCGUACGUAAACGUCCACAAACGACUACUGCUGAACAUUCUACCAACCGACGAAAAGAUUCUCGUUCAACAUCACAAAUUGAUGAAANGCAUAGAAAAUAG